GUAGUAAGUGGAUCGGCAAAUGCCCUUAGACCAUCAUUCGUUCAAGAUCAAAACAAUCUUAAAAGUCUUUUAAGGGAGAAGAAUGUGGGAGGAAAUUGCUUGAAUGAAGUCUUUAGAGUAUUUUGUGAGUACAGUGCCCCGGCUUGCACAAGAGACGAACAAUAUGAAGUUGCACUUCUCAGUAAACAGAAGUGUCUUAAGAUCUUGAAAUGGUAAGCAAAUAUAGGAGCUAUUGUCUUUGUAAAAAUAUAUUGCUUAUCAUAACUUUGUAAAAAGAUAUUGCAAUGCGAUAAACACUCUAAAAACACUUUGAUUAAAAUUUUCCAGUUAACCCAGAAAUUACUCCAUUUGGGCCGGUUAAUUUAAUAUUUCUGGUUAAAUUUCCUGGUCAUUUUAUCUCUACCUACAAUAAUCUUGUUAAUGUAACCAGGAAUCUGGUUAUAUUUGACCAGGACGUCCUUGUUAAAUUAACUAUAGACUAUGUUAGGUGGAUAUAUAACCAGAGCCCCUGGUUAUUUAUUCACCUAGCCCAAGACGUUCUGGUCAAAUUAACUAGACUAGACUAGAUUAGGAAAAAGGUAAAAUUAACCACGAUAUCUAUUAUUUAACUAGAAUGUUAUGUUGACCCAAAUAGGAUUCGAAUUUUUAGAGUGUAUAUUUAUAUCUUCAUGUUCCCCCAACUCAACAUGUCUUUGCCCAGGGCCGUAGCCAGACCAAUAAUUGGGGGGGGGGGGUAUAUUCAUAUAUUCGUGUUCUGCCUGACGGAUUUCUUUUGAAAGCGAUUGUUUUUACUGUAUAUGAACAUGAAUAUAUGAAUAUACUCCCCCCCCCCAAUUAUCGCGUCUAUAGCUACGGCCCUGUCUUUGCCUAGAACGUUACUGCACUUUGCUCCAGUAUUACAGCACAUAUACGUGUUUAAAAACUCAAUAAUUCACGAGGAAAAGAUAAAGGAAAUCACUACGGUGUCUGUGGUUAAAUAUGUGGUAAAAAAUCAUGUUCAUUUAUAUAAACUUUAGCUUGGAUUUUCAAGGCUUAGACAACGUUUAUUUUAAAAUUACUUUGCCAAUGAACUCAUAAGUCACGGAAAACACUCGCAGUCUGUGCUUUAUCAGAUAUAAAGUUUUAUAUCUGAUAAAGCACUCCUGCUUGCGUUUUAAAUAGUACAUAAAACGUUGUUUUCUCUAUUUCCUUUAGCUUGAAUGCCGCACCAAAUUCCGAAUUAUUUUACAAAAUCAAUUGGGUCUAUGUGCCUUGCCACGCCCUUCCUAAUGAAGACACGGCAAGGAAAAUCUCAAUAACCAACACAUACAACCUAACAACAUCUACAUCCAGUAACAGUACCACAAUUACAGUGUGCAAAGUAACAAAAAACAGUAACGCCAGCACGGGAAUGAGAGUGGCAGUUGGCAAGGGAUCACGAUUGUCAGCAGUGGAUCAUAUUUUGGUGGUUUUUUAUCUUUUGGCUGUUCCUGGACGGUUUUGCUAAAUAGAUUUUUAUUAAAUUUUCAAAUAAAAGAUUCAUUUGUAACUGAUGAGGUGUAUAAUUGACGCAGUAAAGUUAGACUGGUAUACCAGUUUUCGAUAAACUUCGUAUACAAGGGCAGCAUUUAAUAAGAGAGGCACAAUUUCGAUAAGGGUGCUACAGCGAAGCCAGAGAAGGGGGGGGGGGGCAUCGCCCCUGCAGCCCUUUUUGGUUUUAGGGGAAUAUCUGAGAUCUUCUAAAACAUCAUUAAAAAAUCAUUGCACGAUCGCAUGCAUGCAUAUGAGCCCAAAAAUCGCGAAUCAAAAUAAGGUUUUUUAGGCAAAAUGGCGUCGAUUUGACUAUGAAAUCGCCGAUUUUGUCGGUCGUGUAAAAUCCCCACUAACGACAUUUUCAAAAAUAAAUGUCGGCGGGAAGCAGAGAAGAUAGAAUUCGAAAUUUAUGAACCCGUUGGAAAGUGCCCACAGAGUAUAAUUGGACAGGAAUACAGUUUAUUAGUUAAUAUCAUGAACACAUGCAUGCUAGUUUAGUAGAACACAUAUGCUAGUGAGAUAAUUUUGCUUUUUUAAAAUAUAAAAUAGGGAAAUUUAGGAAACUUUUAAUACAUACACACAGCUUAUUGUGCAUUAUUUUACUACGUACACACACCUUAUUGUACAUGAAACGACUUUCCCGCAUGUUUUCAAAAUCUUGGAUCAUUUCACUCCUGGCAGUCAGUGACAUGACCACCAACGUUUACCACACCACUUUUGAAACCGUUAGCAUGCAGAUUUCCCUUUUCCGGGUAUAAACAGCCGUGCGGAAUUAGUACCCUCGCUGCGUUGCAGUGACGCACUGUUGUUUGCGUAUAGGAAACUGAGAACGUCUAUUAUCUGUAGGCGCGAGCAGCCAAUGGCGAAACGGAAUGUGUAUACGUAUGUGUAAUAAUAAUUAGUUAUUUUGUUUAGUUCGCAUUGUGUUUCGAAACCUUGAAUGCCAAUGAAGCAACAGAACAAUCUAACAAAAUUUACAAGUAUUAAGUAGAAAUUUACUUUCAUUUUCCGUUUUCGUACAUACAUACAUAUGUCUCUGGUGAAAGACAUAUUUGUGUUCUAUAAAUACUAAACAUUUGCACAAAAGCAAAUCAAUCAAAACUUUAAUUGUUUCAGCGCGUCAGUGAUUGAAUUGCAGACUUGUUUUUAGAAAUUUCAAAUACCUUUGAUUGCAGCGCACGUAGUUAAUACGUAUAGUUGGAACACUUAUCAAAGCUGUAAAUUGUUAAUUUAGAGCUUGAAAUGAGCCCUGUAACAAUUUGUGGACAGCCAGCACACAUCAUGUCAGAGAAUCUAUAGACAAUCUUCUAAAAAUGUAAAAAGCGACUAUUCAAUUGUACGAUUAUACACACAACUAUAGUUUUUCAGAACUGGGGGAGGCAUAUAUACCCCCAAAAUUGGCACAAGAAAGCUUAAUUCUCCUUAUUAGCAAGACAAGACCUUCUUUAUUGUCACCUGUUCUUGGUAAAAUUGCUAUAAUCAUAUUCUUCCCACGCAACCUCUUUAUAAUCGUAACAGAUCACGCAAUGUUGUCGCAGUUUCGAAGCCACUCAUUGAGAACAGAACUGAGCUGGAACGUGGUAAGAAAGAAAUGUAUUUGGCUACACCUUUGGUCCUUGUUUGCCUGAUGGCAUCCCAGGUUUGUUGUGAUCAUGGCCAAUUUGUGUUUGUCAUCAGAAAGUUGCAGUUCACAACAUGCGUCACCAACCCAAUCAACGAUAUAUGCCCUGUAAAUCACAAGGUUCCCGAUCAAAAUCUCCCUAAUCGUACUGUCAUAAGUCAGCUUCUAAAUUCAACAUCAGUCCCGCUUCGUUCCGCAAAUGCAAGUGAAAGCUGCAUUGCAGCAAACAAAAUGUUCCAAUGUUCAUUGAGAAUCUACACGUGCAAAAAAAACGAAAGCUACGUGUAUUUAGAUUCGGAAAGAGCGUAUAGAUUGUGUAUGGAUGCAAGGGAUAACUGCACGGGACUGGAGCAACUGUUUAACUGUAGCUUAUACAGAAAUGCAACUAUGCGGCACAGCAAGGGUGUGACAUGUAAUGAAUAUCAAAAGUUGGAGAAUGAUACAUGUCCAAUGCGGAAUUAUAAG